AAUUGUCAUUUUUGCCCACAGAACUAGAUGAUACUAUGAUAGUAACUGUUAAUGGCCAUCUGCCGAAUAAAUAUAUGGCUUAAGUCUUAAAUGUCAGUAUAUCAAGGUUAGGUAACAAUGUUUAAAAGUCCAUCAACAAAAUGUCAUCUUGUGUUAUUAAUAUUGACGAUAAUGGAUUAAACUUUGGCGCAAUGAAGCUGUACGAGGAUGCCAUAUGUGAAGGUGGUAAUGGGACAUUAUUAUCCGUACAUAACAGGUCAAAAAAAUGUGACUUUUUGAGCACAAUACGAAUACGAAGCUUAAAUGGUGGAGAUAUCGAUGUUUUAAGGGAACUGUGUACGGAAUGGUUCCCAAUAAAAUACCCGGUAACUUGGUAUGAAUCUAUAACUUACAACGACAGGUUUUUCUCAAUUGCUGCGACGUUAAACGGUCAAAUUAUCGCAAUUUUGAUUGCGGAAAUUAAACCAAGAUGGCAACUGCCCAAAGAAGAUUCUGAUAUGUUGGCAUCAGUUCAUUCCCCUGACUCUAAAGUUGCGUAUAUACUGAGUCUUGGGGUACAAAGGGAUUUCCGCAGAAGAGGUGUCGCGUCAUAUAUUUUGCAUCAUUUCCUACUGCAAGUUGCAAGCAAGCACACUGGUCUUCUUGGAGUAAAAGCUGUUUAUCUUCAUGUGCUUUGCACCAAUGUAACUGCAAUUAAGUUUUAUGAGCGACAUAAUUUUCAACUGUUGCAUUAUCUACCUGCGUACUAUGUUAUAAACAUGGAGCCUAAGGAUGGAUAUUCAUACGUGCUUUACAUGAACGGUGGCAAACCACCUAGAGCCUGUUGCGAUUGUUUGUAUCUAAUCUCAAACUUGUUUCAAAAUUUAACCCAGUGCAAAUUCACAAAGCUAUUUUUCAACAGCUUAAAUAACGUUUUUUCACGAUUUGUAAUAUGGCCCAAACUACCAAGCAUUAUUACAAGACAAAGACAAUGCCAUAACUUAUAACACUAAAUCCCAAACUAGUGUAGUUAUUAAAACUUGCUCAAAAAACAUGGCUGAAUUUUAAUUAGAAAUCCCCAAUUCAGUAGCUUAAUAAAUAUUUAAAGUUUAUUGGAACAAUGUUCGGGUACUUGCAAGACACUUAAAAUAAGAUUGCAAUAAAUUUAAUGGCUCUGUUAUUUUAACUUUUAGUUGCGGAAGCUCUGGUCUUACAAACCCAACCGUCUGGUUUUGUUACUUAAUACAGUUGAACUAGAUUAAGACUUGUGUAUGUUUUGUAAUUUAUUAUGUAAGUUCCAUAAUUUCUUUGGAACUCUAUCUAAUUUAGUAUUUCUUGAAUUUCUGUUUAAUAUUUUUGUAAACAAACAUGUUGUAACAUUGAUUCGAGUAGGCAAUGGUAAAAAGAUGUAACUAUACCUCUAAAAAACUUGAAUAAUUAACACAUGAUAACAAUUGUUUUGUUUACCACCAUCCUAAGUAUAACAUAAAUGUAAACUUCGUAAAUUCUAUUGUGCAUUCAAUGUUCAAUGAAACUGUUAAGUUAGUUGUAUUAUCUUCUGUCAUAGGCGCCAAACUUUUCCAAAUGCAGGGAAGGCAGGGAUAGUUAUACACAUAUUUGAAAAAAAUCCUACCCCGCCACCCCAGGUUUGGCGUCAAUGUCCUCUGCAUGUUUUAAGUGGAACAAAGUUAGUUUAUUUGUAUUGAUUGUGUUAACUGUUAAGCUUAAGUGCAUGUGUCUUUUUGUAGAACUAAUUUUUCUGUCUUUGGUACAAGUAUUCUGUAAUUACAAUGUGUUUGUAAAACUUAGUUUACAAGACCCAAAUGGGACUGUCUCUUCAAUUCUGUUAUUCACACACUGGUUCAAAUUUGAUCGUUUAAACUCACAGAGAUUGACGCGCACUGUGAUGUUUAUGUUUGCUGUGAUGUCAUUUUACUUUUUAUGUGUUUAAGCAAUCAUGUUAUGUUUCAAUAGA